GGUGAGCAUUGAGCUCCACCAGCCUCUGAAGCUGAGGCGACAGGACGCCGGGUCUCAGGCUUACAUGGGUUCCCACUCUCACAGCAUUAGGUUCCGGCGGCAGACAUCCAAAGUCAUCUACCUCGUCCCAAUGCAUGGGGGCAUCUGGACCCUCUGCGUGGGGCUCUCAGUGCAAGAGCAGAAUGAACUACAGGACCUGGGCUUCCCACUCAGCGGCUGUAUCAAUUACCUGUCUCCCCACUUCGCCGCCAGCGGGGAGAAAAAUGAUUGGGUUCAGAGGAUGCAGAACCUGAGUAUCUCGUGCGCUCUGGUGUGCUGUAUCCUCUUGGGCGCGUCGGCUGUGGUUGGCACUUUUGGGAUCAUAAAAAGGCAGAUUUCAGCCGUUCUCAUAACAGGUGUCAUGUACAUCCUUGCAGCAACGUUUGGGCUCUUCUGCCUCUCAAUCAUGCACUUCAAGAGGAAGACUAAGAAAGACUGUGGAGUGCUGGAUUCUCAGGUGACGCCCGAAUACAGCUCGGCUCGCGUGUUCCAGACGGGGUGGUCCCUCGACCUGGGAUGGGGCGGCGUGGUGACGUGCCUGGUGGCGGCGCUGCUGUGGCUCCUGUUGGCUCGCAUCAUGCGCUACAACCCCAUUUCUCUUUCCUGAUGUCACCUCUGCCCACGCCCUUGCUCUCGUCCCCUCCGCCGCGCUCUCUUCGCCUGCCUCCGCGCCUGCCUGUGCUGCGGCUCAGCCAAGCACAUCUCGCCGGAGAUCUACUAGUCCCUUCGACACUCCCGACGGGCUCGACGACCUCGGCGCGUCGGGCCCCGCGCUCGGCGAGAGCAGCAGCGAGACGUCCAUUUGAUUACGCUAGAUAGCAUCAGAGACAGCCAACUCCAUCCAGACGUGGGCGGCGGUCUGUUCGACGUGGGCGGCAAUCUGUUCGACUUCGGCUCAAGUUCCGCCUCUUGGUUUCCCUCUAGUGGGCGUGGGCAGGUGCAUGUCCAUCACUCGUGACUGGUGCCGGUAUGAAAUUAUAAGUGAAAAGUGCUUGUAAAAUCACACAGAGAACGCGGGUUUCAUUGCUGUUGUGAUGGAAUCAGGACCGCAAAUUUGGAAUCCACUGCAGUAUUCGUAGGAUGAAAGGGUUUCGAAAGUUGAGAAAUUAAUAGAAUUAGCUCUGAGAUCCGGCUGAUAUGACCACCUCGUUAAUAAAAGAAGUUUUAAUAUUUUAUACUUAUUCUAAUUCUCUUCUUAUGUGAUGACCAGAACUGUCGUUUAGGUGUCAUAAAUAUUACCGAAAAAUUUAUGCCUCAGGUGCUUUUCCUUAGUACUGUACAUUUUCUUUAAUAUUUUGCGUUUGCAUUCGUGGCGUUUAUCGCAGAGUAUUGAUUUAUCUGCACAUACAGAAACACUAAAUACACACGCAAAGUCAAACACACAUACUUGUGCGCCCAUACAUAUACACAAAUACGUAUGCGUUAUACAUUUAUACACACGCAAACAUAUAUCCCUACACAGAUACAAACACUAACACAAAGAAAUAAACACAUGUGCUGAUAUAACGUUAUUCAUUUCAUCUCCCUUAUGUGGUGACUCCGAAAUUCCCAGCAAGCGGAAGAACAGAAACGACGGAGAGAGGCUUCCCUGCGAGUCCUGUGGCUUCAUGACAAAGACCCGAGGCCGUGAAGGAACUUGCAGCGGAGGCGAGGGAGGAGAAGAAUGGAAGGCAAGGACGGGAAGCCACUCACGCGCGUGCAUUUGGGUGUUGCAGCGGGGGAAUACGCGGUGUGGGUUUUCGUAUUUGAUGUAAGGCUUUUAUUUGAGAGGGAGCGAAAUUUCCUCUCGUUGCUUUCGUCGUUUAGAAUUGGAUGUGGCGAGGUUUUCGUAUUUUGGUUGCGUGCUAAAAAAGUGAGAGAGCGAGUCGUGGAUUUUCGUUUUGUUGAAGGAAGAGCAUCAGUGGCAAAAUAUAAGAUGGAAGAGGAGUUGCAAGCGUUGUAGAUCGUACUCAUGGUUAUAUGAAAUGGCAGAAACUGAUAAAGAUAACGCUCUGUUAGGCUAACUCAGUAAUAGCUUUCUUGUUGCUAGUUGGCCUGCUGCUAGUGGCCUGCUGUGGUGUUUACGUGUCACUCGUUAGACAGCUGAGAUGUAAGCCAUUAGAUGACUGUCAGCUAUUCCGUGAGAUUGUUGCCGCCUGUUGCAAGGGUCAAGGAGUGGGUUUGCUAUCCUUUUCGUGGCUUUAGAGAGAUGAUAAUCGUGGAGAAUUUCGUAGCUAGUCAUGGACUGUGUGAUUCCUCUUUUAAAUGUUCGUUGUUGAAAUGUCGUUGGCAGUCUGUAAAUUUGCUGACAUUUUGUUUCAGAGAAUCGUUGUUCGUUUCGAUAUUGGUGAUGAUUUCGUUACAGGAUGGUAGUUAUAUAAAAGGAGGCGACGUUAUGACUUGUCCCACUGGCGAAUGUGAUUCCUCGUUUGUUAGAAAGUAACAGUGUAAAUAUAAUGUUUGGUGUCGGUUAGAAAGGAAUUAAACACACACACACACAAACACACACACACACUUAACUGACACUCACACUCACACUCACACU